UACCAUUGUAGUCACUUGUUUCUUCUGAAACCUUCUAAACCAGUAAACAACAUGUUCAAGCUGUUCGUCUUCGCCUGCUUCCUGGCCCUCGCUGCCGCCAAACCUGGAGUACUAGCGCCGGUGGCGUACACCGCUCCCGUAGCGGCGGCGUACACCGCGCCCGUGGCGGCCGCGUACACAGCACCCCUUGCGUACUCUGCGUACUCCGCAUACACCGCCCCUGUUGCUGCGUACUCGGCGUACAGCUAUGCCUCACCAUACGCCGCGUACUACCUACGUCGCUAAAAUCACAAAUCUUUAAACGUGUUGUCAAUUCCGAACAAUAAAUUAUUAUUAAUCA